AUGGGCAUUUUGGUUUCUCGGCUGCACAGGGCGAGCACCGAGCCGGCUCUAAAAGGAGAAGUUGGUGUUUCGGUGGCUGCCAGCUCCUGCUGCAGGCACAGCCCAGGACGGCAGAGCCAGGACAGGAACAUAACCCAGGCUUCCACUGAGUUCCUUUACAACCAUCAUGUAUUUUCCCUGCAGAUCAAGGAUGUAGAAGUCCUCAACUGUGAAUAUGGCAAGAAUACAAUUAAGUUCCUUCGCCUUCAUAGAGAAGGGAAGAAGGAAUUUGUUAAAGAAGUGGAAGUGUGCACACAUCUCCGACUGAAUUCUGCUCAGGAGUACCUGGAUGGAAACAACUCUCUUGUCAUACCCACUGACACCAUAAAGAAUAUUGUCCUUCUGUUGGCCAAAAAAAAGGGGAUCCCAACUUUGGAAGAAUUUGCUAUAGAUAUCUGUGAACACUUCAUGACAUCAUUUUGCCAAGUGGUGUAUGUCAAAACCUACGUUCAAGAGGUGCCAUGGCAACGUCUACACGAGAAUGGUGUUCCCCACAUCCACUCGUUCAUAUGUGUUCCUGAUGGGAUCCGCUUUUGUGAAGCUGAGCAGUGCCGAAAUGGUCCUCUGGUUGUUUUUGCUGGAAUUAAAGAUCUGAAACUUAUGAAGACAACACAGUCUGGAUUUGAAGGCUUCUUUAGGAACGAACACACCACACUUCCUGAAAGGAACGACAGAAUUUUAUGUGGAGAGCUGUUCUGCAAAUGGUCAUAUGGUGAAUGCAGAAAUAUUGACUUUGAUUGCAUAAGGAACAAAAUCCGUGAAUGUAUCCUUGAAGCCUUUGCUGGGCCACCUGACUGUGGGGAAUAUUCACCCUCUUACCAGAAGACUGUCAACUCUAUCCAGAUGCUCAUCCUUUCCAAAGUGCCCCAGGUACAGGUCAUAGAAACAGUCUUGAACAACACUUUUUAUAAUGUUGUAGACAUGAAGAAUCUAGGUGUGACCAAUGACAAAGAAGUUUUGGUUCCAGUGGAAACUCCUUAUGGCUCCUGUGCUUGCACGCUUGGCAGGAAGUUGUUCUUGGAAGCACAAAGUCACUUGCUAAGAGAUGAGAAACAUUAUCAGUUUGGUCUGGCAGCUGCCCAGGGAAACUAAACCUCUUGGCUACACCCACACUGCUCUGACAAACUUAAGUACAGCUUUCCCAUCAAUGUAUACUGCUGAUUGGCCUCUUCCAUUGCUGACUACUUUUUCCUCUAUGAACUCCUGAGGCUGGGAUUUCUGAAGGACCCACAGGAAUUCAGAAAUCAAAGUCUGCCCCUGAAUCUCAGUGUGAUUUGUAGACUGAAAUCCCCUAAGCACUUUUGAAAAUCCUAGUUAGAUAGUAAAAAUCCCAAUUUAUAGUAAAUUAAUUUCUAA